AUGGAUGCGCCGGGCUGCCUGAUUGACGCGUCCUCUGGAGACCCGGAGGAGGAUCACUGCGGGGAUGAGAUGUCCUGGGCCCCAGGAAUCCACCAGCAAGAGAGUGGGAGGGAGUCCCAGGACAGGGACCAGUUCGGCCAAGGCCUGCAGCACCCCCCUCCAUCCGUGCCCCCAAAGUGGGCCGAGCCCCAACCCAGGGGUGCUGAUGUGCGGGGGCCGUGGGGGUCCUUCCCCGGGGACCGGGGCAGAGACGAGCGUGCCUCUACUGACCCCGGUGCCUUGGCAACGCGGCGCUCCGAGGCGCUCGCCCGCGGCCGGAGGCACCGUGAGAAAUUCAGGAAAGGCUUCAGCGAGAUGUCACGGCCGUGGGAAGCAGGAGCAGACAGAAGGACGGCGUCCGGGCUUAGCCAGGAGCGAAAGGCCUGGAACGGGGAGGACCUGGCGGCGUUCAGGACGCGCAGGGUCUGCACGGGCGCGGGGCCGCUACAGAGGUGCGGCGAGGAGGCGGGAGACCCGGGCAGCGCCUCCGUGAAGGGACGGGGGCCCUUUAUAGGGGAAUCUCAGCUAUGA